UUGGAAUGCAAAAGAGCUACUUACUAUCAGUAUUUUAAUAAUGGGCAUUAAAGAGUUUGUGCAAGUUUUCUGGGGCCCUAAUACUUUAUACCAACUUGUCGGUUACGAUUUCCAACUAUUGCCCCGCCCUUAUUGGCGACAGGUACUAAUGAACGCGUUCCUGAUAUUCACUACCAUCAGCGGUAUAUGCACUCGCAUCUACAUGCUGAUGCAACUGCGCGAGCUGAUUAUAAGUGGCGACAUUCUGAAUACUUUUCGUUUGGGAGUGUACAUUUCAUAUGCCAUCGAUUCAAAUGUGAAGUUUUUGGUGUUUCUUCUGAAUGCACACAGUUUGCGUAAAAUUUACGAAUCUCUGGCUGCUGAGUAUCCGCAAACAUACAGCGACCGGAAGUUAUACAAAGUUAAUAAAUAUAGUUUUAGGCGUAUGCGUCUAAUGAUUUGCGCCUAUCUGUUGGUGUCUAAUUCUAUACUCCUCGGGCCGAUGCUGCAGUCAAUUUCCAUGUAUAUUAUUGAUCUUUUUCGUUAUGGCUACGCUAAUGCAACAUUUCCAUAUCUGCAUCCAACUCCAAUGCCUUACAAUUUCGACUACUGUACUCCGCGUUAUUACAUUCCGAUAUAUCUUUCGGAGUAUUUAAACGGCCAUUUCUGCACUACAACCAAUUUAGGUACGGAUUUAUAUGUAAGCACUUUUGCGGGACAAUUUUGUAUGCAACUGGAAUAUUUGGGUUACUCACUGGAAACUUACGAACCAAGUGUGGAGAACUCAAAAGCAGAUUGUGAGUUUCUAAUGAAGUGGAUUAGAAAACAUCAGCUAAUGCUGAGUCUCUGUGCUGAUCUAAAUGAAGUCUUUGGCACAACUCUGCUGUUCAAACUAGUAUCAAAUUGUACUGUCUUUUGCAUAAUUGUCGUUCAGCUCAAGCUAGAAGGGUUUGGUUGGGGUUUCCUAAAUUUCCUAAGCUUCUUUUUCGUUACUGUUGCACAAUUCUUUAUGGUAUGCCAAUACGGACAAAAACUGAUUACCAUCAGCGAAAAUCUGGCCCUAAGCGUUUACAAAAACCGCUGGUAUAAUGGCUCGAAAGAGUACAAAAAAUUGCUUUUUACUAUAUUUACGCGUGCGCAAAAACCCGCCAAGCUGACCGCGAGGGGAUUUCAACCUAUAUCGCUAGUGACCUUUCAAAUUGUGAUGACUAUGACCUACCGCGUAUUCGCUGUGUUGCAGCGGGCUUUAGAUUAAUCUUCUGCGAACGAUUACAAUGAGUGUAAGACGUAGAUGUAACAUUUAACAUUUAACUUAGCGAAAUGAAUUUACUUUUUAGUGCAAAACCAUCUAAGCUGAAAGCCGAACACAAAACGCUACCUUUCUAGUACGCAUAUUUGCUUACAUACACAUACGCACUAAAUCAGAUGCGGUACAAUGAAAACCUACAAAAAUUUAGCAGCACAGAGCGCACUCUAAAGAAACUUACUUUACUAUGAGGGAAAUGUGAGUGUUUUAAAAGCAAAUGCCGCUUUGGACAGUUUAUAUUUUCCAAAGUACUGCUUUUUGUUUUAAUACGCUUGAGUGUUGCUUGCUUCGUUCCAGAUGCAGUCGUAUGC